GCGUUGAAAACCGGCGCAAACCGAUUAGAAACAACACAGAACAAAACGAACGAAGCCUCUCUCUCUCUCUCUCUCUCUCUCUCUCUCCCGUCGCCCGCCGGAGUUCCGCCUGACGCCCCUGCCGCCGGUUCACCCUGCCGGGCUCGCUCCCCCACCAACCUGCUGCUGCCAUUUAUUUCAUCCCUACCUCGUGAAGCUACUGUCUUUACUUCCUUCCUCUACUAACUACUACUACUUAUUCUUCCGGGUUGUUACACGGAGAUGGUGGUGGAGGGAGGCGACGACGCGGCGCCGCCGCCGUCGCCGCCGCCAGAGCUGGAGCUGUUCCUCUCCAUAGGGUUGGAUAAGCGCACGGCGGAGAACGCCCUCGUCAAUAACAAGGUCACCGCCAACCUCACCGCCGUUAUCAAAGAGGCUGGUGUUAACGGGUGUAGCAAGGCAAUUGGUAACCUUCUUUACACAGUAGCAACAAAGCACCCGGCUAAUGCACUCGUCCAUCGCCCAUUUUUAGUUGAUUAUGUAGUCUCCUCAAAGAUUAAGAACUCAGCACAGUUAGAUGCUGCUCUCUCAUUUCUUUCUAAUGUAGGCCCAGAAUCUUUUUCUGUGGAGAAAUUCGAUGAAGCUUGUGGUGUCGGUGUCGAUGUUUCUGUUGAAGAAAUUCAAUCAACAGUUACUGCAGUCCUAGAGGAGAAUAUGAAUGCAAUAUUGGAGCAGCGUUACCAUAUAAAUGUUGGCAACUUGUGUGGACAGGUUAGAAAGCGGCACCCAUGGGCUGAUGCAAAAAUUGUGAAGGAAGUAAUUGACGAGAAACUUUUCGGGAUACUGGGCGAAAAGACAGAAGCUGAUGAUAAAAAGCCAUUAAAAAAGAAGAAGGAAAAGCCCGCAAAACUCGAGGAUCAAAAGAAUGUUGUUGUUGCUUCUGCUCCACCGUCUGAAGAGGAAGUGAAUCCAUAUUCUAUAUUUCCACAACCAGAGGAAAACUUCAAGGUCCACACAGAGAUAUUUUUCAGUGAUGGAUCAAUUUGGAGAGCUCACAACACUAAGGAGAUACUAGAAAGGCAUCUUAAGGCAACCGGAGGGAAAGUUUUUACUCGCUUCCCCCCUGAGCCUAAUGGGUAUUUGCAUAUUGGCCAUGCUAAGGCUAUGUUUAUUGAUUUUGGUCUUGCAAAGGAGCGAGAUGGUAAUUGUUAUCUAAGGUUUGAUGAUACCAACCCUGAAGCUGAGAAACAAGAAUACAUAGAUCACAUCAUGGAAAUUGUCGAAUGGAUGGGUUGGAAGCCAUUUAAGGUUACCUAUACCAGCGACUAUUUCCAGGAUCUAUAUAAUCUGGCUGUUGAGCUGAUAAGAAAGGGUCUGGCAUAUGUUGAUCACCAGACCCCAGAAGAAAUAAAGGAAUACAGAGAGAAGCAGAUGAAUAGUCCAUGGAGGGAUAGGCCGAUUGCAGAGUCAUUGAAGUUGUUUGAUGAUAUGAAAAGGGGGUUGAUCGACGAAGGGAAGGCAACGCUUAGGAUGAAACAAGAUAUGCAGAGCGAGAAUAAAAAUAUGUAUGAUUUGAUAGCAUAUCGUAUAAAGUUUACUCCACAUCCGCAUGCUGGUGACAAGUGGUGCAUAUAUCCAAGUUAUGAUUAUGCUCAUUGCAUAGUGGAUUCCCUUGAAAAUAUUACCCAUUCUCUAUGCACGCUUGAAUUUGAGAUACGCCGACCAUCAUACUACUGGUUAUUAGCAGCACUGGGCCUUUACCAACCUUAUGUUUGGGAGUACUCACGGCUUAAUAUAUCAAACACUGUAAUGUCUAAGCGUAAGUUGAACCGUUUAGUGACUGAGAAGUGGGUUGAUGGGUGGGACGAUCCCCGUCUAUUGACACUUGCUGGAUUGAGACGUCGAGGAGUCUCUUCGACUGCAAUUAAUUCUUUUAUUCGAGGAAUUGGUAUAACAAGAAGUGAUAAUAGCUUGAUACGCAUUGAUCGCCUGGAGUAUCACAUUAGAGAAGAGCUUAACAAAACGGCAUGUCGAACGAUGGUUGUGCUGAAUCCUUUAAAGGUUGUUAUCACAAAUCUUGAAAGUGGAUCAAUAAUAGAUCUUGAUGCAAAAAUGUGGCCUGAUGCUCCUUCAGAUGAUGCUUCUUCCUACUAUAAGGUUCCUUUCACAAAUGUUGUCUACAUUGAACGCACGGACUUUCGCCUGAAGGAUUCGAAAGAUUAUUAUGGGCUUGCCCCUGGUAAAUCUGUUCUCCUCAGAUAUGCUUUUCCCAUAAAAUGCACAGAUGUUGUUUACGGUGAUAACUCAGAUACUGUAGUUGAAAUCCGGGCUGAGUAUGAUCCGUUGAAGAAGACAAAACCAAAGGGUGUUCUUCAUUGGGUGGCUCAACCUUCACCUGGUGUUGAUCCUCUCAAGGUAGAAGUCAGAUUAUUUGAGAAAUUAUUUCUUUCAGAGAAUCCAGCUGAGCUAGAGGAUUGGCUAUCUGAUCUUAACCCUCAAUCGAAGGAGGUGAUACCUGACGCAUUAGCUGUGCCAGCGCUUGCUAGUGCGGUGUUGGGCGACAAAUUUCAAUUCGAAAGACUUGAUUUGUUCGUAAGACUAAGAGUUUCAAUUUUAACAAUAACUUCUAAAGCUGGCCUUGGUGGCAACUUCAUCUUAGAGUUUCUAUUGAGGUUACUUUGCCGUUGAUACGGACUCCACACCUGGAAAGCUCGUCUUCAACCGAACUGUUACUCUACGCGAUUCCUAUUCGAAGAGCGGAAACAAAUAGGAUCAGCCACACCAUUGUAGCUAUUCUUAUCGAACUAAAAGCAGAAAAAAGGGAAAGGAAAAGAUAACUGUGUUUUCAAAAAGUGUCGAGCCACUGAAUUAGUUCUUUAUAAUAUAUAUUGGAGCUGAGAACAUAUAGAUUUGCAGAUAAUACUGAUGUUUAUAUUUUUAAAUUUCUGGGCUUCUUGUUCAUUAGGAGUGACUCGGUUGAUUAUCUAAUGGCUGAUUUAAUGGCUUAAACAACGAAUAAUUGAAAAUU